UAUUUUAUCAAAAUAUUUUAAACUUGAAGCCCUAAUUAAGUCAUAAAUGGAAAAUACCAGAUAUACUUAGAAGCUUCCAUGUGUAUUGGAAUGAAAUACUUUAUUGAUCUUUCUGUAACCAAUCUAAACACAAUAACGAAAAAUAAUAUCACUAAUACCCAAAUAGAUAAGUGGUAAAUACGUAUUUAUAUUCAAAACGAGGAUAUAAUCAAUGUUGGUACCAGAAUAAAUUAUCAAAGCUUACUUUAUUUUAAGGUAACAUUUCAAAAUAUUGAAUCGUUUCAGUGAUAUCUUCUUGGUAUGGGAUAGCCUAGCGCAGUGCGCCGCGUUUCUCUGCAUAAAACCGGUCGCCGAACGAAAAUUCAAAAAUUCGUUAUAUUUUUUAUGGCUUCUCAAACGAGGGGAGGAAUUUGGAGAACGGCGUCACUAGGGGUUGCUUGGUUUGUACGGCGGCUUCGCGCCUGCGCGCGUAGUUCGCGCCACUGCUACGUUGCUACUUGCUUGCAAGCCAGAUGUUCUGAAAAGCUUCCUGUCGUCGUUACAUUGCUCUGCAUUUUUAUCUUGAUAUAAAAUGUGGACUAGGAUAAAUUUAUUAUUUUAUAUUAUUAGUGAAGAAUUCAGUGUUUAACUUAAUAUGUGUUUAGUAGAUAGUGUCGUAUAAUUAAAAGUUAUCGAACGUCUCGAUGUCCACGAGUUCACUCGAGACCAACAAAGCGGCGGACAUUUUAUUUUGAGUACUCGAUAAUGUAGCGUUUGCGUCGAAAACAUUAAAUGUCGUUUUAUGGUUCUGUAUUUGGAUAUCGUUCGCUUACACCUUUCCGAUGCCGAGGGGGGUGAAGCGAGGGCCGGCGGAGGGCGAAGCUGAGGUGGUGGUACGCGUCACAGCGUCUCCGUCGCACACUACGCUCCUCGACGACAGCCCCAGCCAGCCCAUCAGCUACCACCUGCUUGACCACGGCUAUGGCGCCACGCCGCAGCACCAGAUCCGGCGCGAGGCACUCUCUGCACCGCCGAAGACUUCUGAGGCGGUGAAACGAAGACUGAACCUGAGCGAGAGCAGUUCAGGCAGCCAGGGGCACGUGGUGCCCUUGAAGGCGGACUUCAAGACGCCCAAGCAGAAGCGCGCCAAGGUGCUCGUGCCCUACAGCCGCCCGUCCAGCUCCAUGAAGAAGUACACCGAACGCUCCAGGUUUGACACAUCAUUAGGUCUACUUACAAAAAAGUUCGUCGCUCUACUCAAAUCAUCGCCCAACGGUGUUUUAGAUCUGAACAUAGCAGCGGAGCAUCUCUCGGUCCAGAAACGAAGAAUUUACGACAUCACAAACGUAUUAGAGGGCAUAGGAAUAUUAGAGAAGAGGUCCAAAAAUAAUAUACAAUGGAAAUGUGGGCUGGGCGCGGGCGGAGUAAACGAAGACAAUCGGAUGCGGAGGUUACGGCGCGAAGUUCGCGCUCUGAACGCGCGGGAAGCGAAAGUGUCGCGCGCCGUCACUGUCGCGGAGCACGCGCUGUCGCGGCUGACGGCCGAGCACAGGUCGCGGGCCUACAUCACGUACGCAGACCUGCGGUCGAUCAAGGACUUCAGGAAUCAGACUGUCAUACCUAUCAAGGCACCUCCAGAUACCAGGCUCAGUGUACCCCACCCAGAUGAGAAAGGGUACAUGAUACAUCUUAAAUCUAAGUCUGGUGAAAUCGAAGUCUACCUCUGUCCUAAAGAAAGGCCGCCAACUCCUCCACCCUCGUCAGGCUUGCUGCCGUCAGAUCCCCUGCUGGAAGACAACAAGGCGUUACUGGCGCCGCUCAUAGCGCAGCUGCAGUCCAUGCCUUCCAGCUCCAUCUCCGCUACCUUUUUGACACCUAUAAAGCGCGAGCCGGAUUGCGAGGAGCCGUCGACGUCCGCGCAGUGGGCGCGCAGUCUGGUGGUGCGCACGCCGUGCGUCACGGACCCCACGCUGCCGCUGGCCGCCAUGCCGCCGCGCCCCGCGCCGAUCACGCCCGUGCGCGUUACCGCCGGCGUCGCGCCCGCCUCCUCGCCCGCCGCCAGUGUCGCGCCUGCCUCCUCGCCCGCUGCUUCCUCACUCCCGUCCACGCCCGACAGCGGCAGCGCGCGGGGCCGGCUGCGCAACGCGCUGAUCGCGGACAGCGACGACUUCGCGCCCAUUAUGGGCGGCGGCCGCUUCCAGUUGCAGACCGAGGACCAGGAGUCAGAGCCGCUGGAGCUGGAGCCGUUCCUGGCGCUGGAGCCGCCCAUGUCGGCCACCGACUACGGCUUCUGUCUCGACCACGACGAGGGCCUGUCGGAACUGUUCGACUUCGAGUUCUAGUGACUGUGGGAGUGUCAUGGUGACGUGACGUUUUAUAUGGUGCCCGUAUUGUACAGUGUACGAAGUAUGUCGGCUAGAUGUCUAGCCAUAGCGCUCGGGGUACUCCAGGCCAUUUCCGUUCUCAUAUCAGUUUCAUGACCGAUUUUGGCGGUGGAACUGAAACCGGAGUGGAACUAUACUAUAUUUGAGCCAAAUUGGAUAAAGAAUGUUUCACUGACAAAGUUGCCUAACAAUCUAUGGCAGGCACAAUAAAUACCCUUGCAGGAGGAAAUGUAAUAAAAACGAAAAACCAUUUUAUUGAAAACUAAUUUUUGACUCAAUCUUGCUCAAGGUAGCAAUAACACCUGUAAGUUUUACACACGUAAGUGGCUUACGUAAUUAUUUGACAACAAAUUUAUUUAUAUAAAUUACUUAUACGAUUGUUUAUACAUUAGUAAAUUUGUCGUAAGUUAAUCAUGUAAGGUACUUACGUGAGUACAUCUCACUGGUGCAUCCGCGGCCUUAUAUAUUGCAUUACAUUUCGGCCUGCAAGGAUACCUAUCAUGCUUGGCAUAAAGGUUGCUAGGCAACCUUGUUAGUAAACAUACUUUGUACACUGGCUCAAAUUUAGUCUUUUAUUCCGAGCCCAAAAUCAUAGCUGCGAUUUAAUGUGUGCUAAAUUGAUAGACGAUAGCACAAUCGGCGUCACAGUACCCGUGGGAACGUUGCACAAAGACUCGCGAGGAAGAGUACGCUUAUAGCCGUAUUCACAAUCAUUACUAUGAGGUCUCACAGUGCUUUCGAACGCAUAGUAUAAAGUUGCACCAAUCAGAUCAUUGUAAAUUGACGUGACAGUCGUCUGAUUGGUGGAACCUACACUGUGAGACCUCAGUAAUGAUUGUGAAUACGGCCGUUAAACUUGUACCUUGUACAUGAUUUUAGUUCGGCCGUGAUGUUUUUUAUGGCGUAUACAUGCAAUAUAUAACAUCGAAUCUGCAAUAGAGACUUUUUUAAUUUAUUUAAAUGCAAUUUUAUUUUCUUCUUGAUAUUAGGACAAUCAUAUGAGUACUUUGUUUUUCGGUUGUAUUAUGUCUAAAUCAACCGUCUAUGUGAUUUUAAUAAGUAUGUUUGGAGGGUGCUAUUUUUAGAAAACUGAUACUUUGGGAAUAGAGUAAGUUACGCAAGUUUUAUAAUAAAAUGUAAUAAAAUUGAUUCUUCUGAUAUUUUUUGAGCAAAGCAUGUGUUAUCACUGGUCAGUCACAGAUAAAUAUUGAUUAAAUAAAUAUUUUAUUAUUAUUAGUUACAAUGGUUUAAAAAAAUCUUGAAUUUUAGUUUUAAGUCGACCGAGAUAGAAAACAUGUUACAGGACAUAUAUUUAACACAGUCUCUUUCGUACCUCACAUUUAUACCAUUGCAGGCCAGGAUGCGUUUUUAACGUGAGGCUAUAACAGAUGAAUAUUGGAAAUAAUGUGUAAACAUCAUUAUCAUUUUUCAGUACGUGUGUUUAGGCUAUAGAUCUCGCGAGGUCAUCCUUGAGGCUGAUUCCCCACAUCUUUUACCGCGGGCACAAAAUCAAAUCAUGGUUUCGAUCAAGUCUGUAAAAAAUUGCAAGUGUGUAACUUAAAUAAGUUGGACAAACGAAAACGCGUCUAGACACCAAAUUUAGUUUCACGCUACAAGAGUGCAACAAAAUAUAGCGACAACGUACUUUCCGCAAAAAUUGGGGCAGUUCUUACAUCCGAUAUUAAGUGAUGUGUUAUACAAAAAUAAACGAAGACGCUAGUAGAAGUGGAGCUUUUACUUCCAAUAAUCUACUUGAAGGAAAUACCUACUUAUCGCUAUCCCACUUCAACUUACAAAUCAGAGCGAGAGGUCGGAUCCCAGUGGUGUCCGAUUUCUCGCUCAGUAGUCGAAGUGCGCGAAGGGUUAGAGAUAAGUAGAUAUUUGCUUCAAGUAUCAGGAGUGCUCUAUCUGUAUAUAUAGAUUCAUGGCAUGCACCCAGAGAGAUUACUGAAAAGAUAUAUUUUUUAUAACUUGAAGUGAAGCGUCAAUUACAUACUUAUUACACUUGCAUAGACUGGUACAAUGGUACAGUAAGCGCCACGAAAAUUAGGGCAUUAACUUCGUGCCCGGGUUGUUUCUUAGUCCGAGAUCUAUAAGAACGUACUUUGACUUUGUUCAGACUUAAGUCACUCUUAAAACAUUUAGGCCUUAAAUCGACUAGUGCAGUCUGCAGUAUGAGAUUUUACGUCUAACCAAUGUCGAUGGAAUUGGAGAGUCAAAUCACAAUAACAUUAGUGUAAAAUAGACCUUAAAAGUCCUAGAUUUAUAGUAGAACAUCAGUGCUACGGAAUUUAAUUUCACAGUGGUUCCGCUUGGAGCGCCGGUUGUAAACGAACGAGCUAUAAAACGGCGUUAAGGUCCAUUCUGUUUGAGUGUUUCGGCGCUAGAAUUCUAUCAACGUUGAUGAGAUGCAUAAUCUCGUGCCAAGCAGGUCUGAAUUUCGUGGCGCGUCCUGUAGUGAAUGUGGGUUCGUAGUGGGGGUUGGUGGUUUCGCGGCCGCAGUGUACAUAGUCUCGCUCAAAUCGCCGGCGCUUCCGGCCCGACUGUACAUAUUACGGUGUAAUGAAUGGUGAUAUCUUAGCGGCCUUCGAUAUUAUUGUAAAGCUAGCUCUAAUGUCCUGGUUAACGCUAGUAGCGGGUGGGUACGGUUUGUGUUUUAUAUUUUUAUCGUGUAUUCUUGCAACUUGAGUGGGAUACUGCUAUUUUAAACAACAUAUAAACAAUUUGUUUCAUAAAGGGUUUAUUUCAAAUAUUGCGGUGGUUUAUUUAGCACAGCAUAGUUUUUAUUGUAUUUUCAUUUUUUAAGACUUGUCGCCUUUUUAUUGGGAGCGAGAAAACAACACUAUGUGUAUGUGUAUUAUACAACAAAUGCAAGUGCAACCCAUUAUGAUUUUUAUCACGCUUUUAAUCAUACGCUGUAGAAAAAACAUCGUCAAGAUGAGUAAUAUUUGGCAUCGGUAAUUCCAUGCUUAACUUCUUAACAGUAUGGCCGUGGCAGACAGUGCAAACUCAUGUGUGCAUCUCGCUCGCACUUAAAAAGCUUGAAGGUCUGGGUAACCGAUUUAGAUUUUAUAUCCGUCUCGAUUUAUCAUUUGAUUUGCGAAAAUAUGUAAAAAACAUAGAUUACACGCGUGGACAGGCAACAAGGAUGAGCAUUGAGCAUAGAAACCCAGAAGUGUGUAGAUUACAAUAAAAUUGUUAUGCACUCUUUAUAUAAAAUGCUCACACAUUUCCGUAAAAUUGUGGUUAGCUUUCUGGUCGGAUAUGAAAUCUACCGGUCUGCUUGGUGUGCAAAUAUUAGCGAAGCUGUAUCCCACCGCUGCUACAUGUCCUAUAAACCGUUGUUUGCCAAAUAUUUAGUUGAUAACUUUGAUUUGUCACAUUAUUUAAGCUUCAUUCGGUUUGCUUAGGGAGGUCGCUCACAACGACUUUUUGCAGCGAUUCAGUAACGCGUUUCGUUAACACGCGUCUGCAUUGCUACUUUUAAACGUUAGUUGGAGUUGCAACGCGCGAUAAAUAGUGAUACAAUCGCAUAGUAUCGAUUCUGCAUCGAUGCAAACGCACGACUGUAUUGAUUGAUUGACAAAGACAACGCGACCAACAUCCGAUUCCAUCUUGCAUCUGUAGCGUCUACAGGCGUUCAGAGGUAUUCACUACAUCGCACGAAUGUUGGAUCGCGACAGUAACGAUGAAAAAUCAUUGUUACGUGGUCGAAGGUAUACGACCAGCGGUAGUAUCGCUACUAAAAGUCGCCAUGGGUGACCUCCCUUAGUGUCAUUGUAAAUAGCCUCCGCACGGGACGGGCGCGCGAACGGUGUCUUGUUCCUUUCAAAAUUAUCGUUCUGAUUAAAGUACAAAGUGCGAACCGGUAAACCGUCUUUACUAAUACAUAUAUCUAUAAACUAAAAGUUCGCGCGUUACCAUCUCGUCUCUAAAUUGUGUACAGCACAAAUUUCAUUGUAAAAAAAAAUUAUACAUAAGUGCAUAUCAAAAUAAAUUUAAUGUUAGUAUUAAUUUAAAAGCACGUGGGCGUUACGGUGACGAAUGUGACAGGCUUGAAGUGAAAAGUGGAUUCUGAUCGGUUGCCGGACUACAAGAGGGUAGUUGACUGCUUCUAUAAUUUAUUGUUAACUGUAAAAAAUUAAAUAAAAUUGAACUCUAAGGAAAUAGUUUAUGGCUUAUUCCAGAAUAUCAUUUAAUCAAACCCAUGAUAUGUUCACUCUUUUAAACUUUAGUAAAAAUAGGAAUAGUGACUGGAAAGUUAAGCAUCUGUCAUCUAAAAUAAACAAGCAAACUUUUGUUUUUGAGUGAAGUCAGUCGACUAUCCAAUUGUUAUUUCAAAAUUUGGAACCCCCCAUUAAGUUAUUCACAGGUUCUGCAACAGAAAAGACUGC